GGAUCAAUUUACCGUACAAUGAUAUGAUUCGUUUGUUUCUACACAAUGCAGCUAAAUCCAUUACAUACUCAUCCACCCCUUCUCUUUUUCCCUCUCUUCUAAUGUAUUGUUUCUUUUCCUUCCCUUCUCUUUCUCUUCUCCAGCCAAAAAGCUGAUCACUUCUUUCAUAUCUUAAGUUAUAUCUUAGCUAUAUCCAUCAGUUCUCUCACCGGAGAGGUUGAUUAGUCAAAUUCAUUGUUCUGCUUGUCUUCCAACCUUGGCCAUGACGAUCUCUUACCGCACCGCCGUCACCAUCGUCCAAUUUAUUUUCUUCGCACCAGCUGCACCUCUUGGAGUCUGGCUCUGCUUCAAAGAUGGUCUCAAGCAGGCAAGCACUUGGCGCUUCGUCGCGACGUUGUCAAUACUUCGCGUGGCCGGCGAUAUCUCCUAUUUCAUCUCUUUGUCGCAUCCAGGUGUCAGAGUCGAAACCUCUGUCAUAGUCUGCGAACUGCUAGGUCUGGCUCCCCUUAUGCUGAUCUUGGUCGCAUUCGUGGCUCGCGCAAAUCAAACUACAAAAUCUUAUCCAGGAAAGGCCUCGCUCACCAUAACGUGCGCCUCACUUUCUGGUCUCAUCCUGGGUGUAGUUGGAACCGACCGUGCUCUUGAGAGGGCUACUACCACCAGUGAUGUAGGCGGCAACAAACUGAUUGAAGCCGCCUUAGGACUCUUCAUGGCUGGCUACGGCAUCAUGCUGAUUGGAUUCUUCAUAGUCCUCACGGACGUUCUCACCCACCCCAGCAAACGUAUCGCCCUAGGAAAGGAAAUAGGUCUUCUCUACACAGUUGCCCUAGCGGCACCAUUCGUGCUUGUACGAUUCAUCUACUCGGCCAUCGGAGACUACGGCCAGAGCAAGGAUUUUAGCGUUCUCUAUGGAAAUAAUACGGCCUACCUCUUUAUGGAUGUUUUGAUGGAGAUUAGUUCUGUUGCUAUCUGUCUCAGCUCUGCCUUCUUCGUCCCACCACCAUCUAAACCAGUGAGAGAGGAAGAGCCAGAGGAGGAGACGAAGGAGGAGACGAAGGAGGAGACGACUGAGAGGAAUAUUCAAGCAAAUGGGGAGCAGGAUCAAAAGAAUACUGGCGGUCUCACGACUACCAUUGAGCCUGAUGUCACUGGCAUUCAAGCAAAGGAGGUGGGGCAAGAGGAAAAGAAAGAUGAGACUGUGAUUGAGCCGAAGGUUCAGAAGGGAGCCGCAGAAGAGAAAAAGGUGGCGGAGAUUGUUUGAGAAGAUGUAGUUGAAACUGUUUGACAAAGGAUAUUUUCUCCCAAAACUGAGAGGAUUCAGAGACGCAAGUGGAUUUGACAGCUGAAUGUCCUAGCAUCAUCGUAGUCAAAGAGUUGUUGCAAUCAAAUGGCGCAUGUAUACAUUCAGAGGUUUCUACAAGAUUUUUAGGGUAGAUUUGGACAGCCGAAUACGUUUUAUUAUUUAUAAUCUCA